AUGGUCGCUUCUUGGCACGAUUUGACUUUGUACAAAUUCAAAAAGGCUGAAGAGAAAAAUAAAACCGAUCUCUUGCUACAAAAGGAGGAAUAUUCAUAUAUUCAACGUGAUGAAUUUACUUCAGAAAUAUUCAAAAUUGAAAUCCAACACAUGCCAAGGUUUGGUUUCUCUGAAUUAAGAAAGAAGCUGCUUCAUCUCGAAUUGCAUCCAAUCAAAAUAAAAGGAUUUCCGCACAAUGGCUAUGCAUUUGUCACAUUCAGGAACGAAGAAGACCGUGAGUCAGCAAUAUCCAAACUUCAUGGCUUCCAGUGGAAAGGUCAUCGUCUGAUUGCAAAAAAAUCUCGGCCUUCUGCAGACCCACUUGUAUUGAAACGGAAGACAGCUCCAGAUUCAGAUCAGAAUGCAAAAAAACAGAAACUUAAUGAUGAAGCAAAUGACUUAAAUGAAAAUCUGACUCCAGAUGAAAGAUUAAAAAAUGCUGUCAUGCCUCUCCACAACUUCCCAUAUAGUGAACAAUUAAAUACGAAAUCUUCUAAUAUGAAAUCAGUUUUGACAAAGCUAACCUGGGAAGUGCAUAAUAACUGCUAUGAGCUGAGAGACUGGUUGAAAGAAUGCAAAUCAAAAAAUUCAGGAUGUAUCUGUGAAAUUUUACCCAUAAUGCCUUCACCUGUCCUUACAGGUUACCGAAAUAAAAGUGAAUUUACCAUUGGAAUGAAUCUUGAGGGAACAGAACGAGUGGUUGGAUUCCGAUUUGGAAGUUAUAGAGAAGGGUCCAGUGCAGUUGGUGACCCAAGCAAUUGCUCUAUCUUACCUGAUGCCAUGACAAAAGUAGCAAAGGUUUUCCAAGAAUUUGUCCAUCAAAGUCAAUACCCAGUUUAUGAUGCACAGACACAUGAAGGUUAUUGGCGUCAGUUGACCGUCCGUACCACAACCCUGGGAGAUAUUAUGGCCAUUCCAGAAUUUUGUUCUCAACAACUUAGCCUUGCAGACAUUGAAGAAGUGAAAAAUUCUUUGAAAACAUUUUUUUCUGAAGGACCUGGAAAAGAAUGUGGAGUGACAUGUUUGUAUUUCAAUUGUUUGAACAACAAACACGCCAGUUCAGGACGUUCCAAUGAAUAUGAAUUUCUGAUGGGAGAGGAGUGGAUUACUGAAAGUCUUCUUGACCUGAAAUUCCAAAUCUCACCUGAUGCCUUUUUUCAAGUUAACAAUAUGGCUACUGCUCUUUUGUAUAAACAAAUUGCUGAAUGGUGCUGCCUGGAAGCGGACAAUGUUGUCUUGGACAUUUGUUGUGGAACGGGCACCAUUGGAAUUACUCUUGCAAAACAUGUUAAGAAAGUAAUUGGUGUGGAAAUGUCAGCGAGGGCUGUUGAAGAUGCCAAACGAAAUGCAGUCCUCAAUGGAGUGGAGAAUAUUGAAUUUCAUUGUGCCAAGGCAGAAGAUGUAACUGAGCAGAUCAAAGUGUGGACCAGAUGUGGGAAGGCAGUGGCUAUCGUUGACCCACCAAGGCCAGGAUUACGUGGGAAAGUCAUGUAUGCCAUUCGUCGAUGUCGUCAAAUUUCUCGUGUCAUUUAUGUGUCCUGCAAUCCAACAGCAGCUAUACAGAAUUUCAUGGACUUAAUACGUCCCGUGUCUCGACGUAUGAAGGGUGAAGCUUUUUAUCCAGUCAAGGCAAUCCCGGUUGAUCUGUUUCCGCACACAAAACAUUGUGAACUUGUACUGCUUUUUGAACGGCGGAAAACCAAAUCAGAUGCCGAUGACACUGAUUGA